ACGCUGCUGCAGCACCUGCGCCAGGACCUGGGCAUGGAGUCAACCUCCCUGGACGAUGUCCUGUACCGCUAUGCCAGCUUUCGGAACCUUGUGGACCCCAUCACACAUGACCUCAUCAUCAGCCUGGCACGCUACAUCCACUGCCCUAAGCCGGAGGGUGAUGCUCUGGGCGCCAUGGAGAAGCUGUGCCGCCAGCUGACCUACCACCUCAGCCCCCACUCCCAGUGGAGGAGGCACCGAGGGCUGGUGAAGAGGAAGCCGCAGGCCUGCCUCAAGGCUGUACUGGCUGGGAACCCUCCAGACAACACCGUGGACCUGUCAGGCAUCCCACUGACUUCUCGUGACCUUGAGCGCGUGACCAGCUACCUGCAGCGCUGUGGGGAGCAGGUGGACAGCGUGGAGCUGGGCUUCACAGGCCUCACGGACGACAUGGUCCUGCAGCUGCUACCAACUCUCAGCACCCUGCCCCGCCUCACCACACUAGCCCUCAAUGGCAACAGGCUGACCAGGGCCCUGCUGCGUGAUCUUACUGACACUCUGAAGGACUCCAGCAAGUUCCCCAAUGUCACGUGGAUUGAUCUGGGCAACAAUGUGGACAUCUUCUCUUUACCCCAGCCCUUUCUGCUCAGCCUGCGCAAGCGUUCUCCAAAACAGGGCCACCUUCCCACCAUCCUGGAGCUUGGUGAGGGCCCAGGCACUGGAGAGGAGGCACGGGAAGGGACUGUAGACCAGAACCCUGGCGGGAGCCCUGUAUCACUUGCCAGAGACCACAGGGGCAAAGAGGCUGUGACUCAGACGUGACACUGAAGUGGGGAACCUCACCAGAGAUCUGUGGAGUAGGAUGGCUAAGGGAGGAUUGGGGGCUCCUGCCAGGAGAGCUUAGGCUAUGGUAAAAUCAGCCUGGGGAGUCCUGACCACAGGCAGACCAUAGGACCUGGCAGGAUUUGAGCACUACUUCCCUUUAGUCUUCCCCCACACUGUAAAUUCAAUGUAUGCCUUUGGCUCCUAAAUCAUUCCCAGCUCAAGAGGUUCCAAAAACCCCUCAACUCAGCCCAGGGCCUCCCCCAGACUUGGUCUCAGCAGGGGACCCAUGUUUAGAGAUGCUGGGAACUUCAACCAAUGGGAAUGUAGAGCAUCUUCCCACAAGUCUAAUGGGCUCCAGGAAUUUUUCUGACACAGGGUCUUGCUCAGGCUGGCCUUUAACUUACUGUGUAUCCCAAGCUGGCCUUAAUCCCGCAGUGAUCCUCAGCACACCCAACAUUUUCAAUAUUGCAUUACAUUCAUCCUGCCUCCCACUCACAGGAGCCUGGUCCUUAUCUAGGCUAAGAACGGAAGGCCUAUACUUCCUUGUGGAGCCUCAACCUCCACUUGAGGCUUCCUAAGAGGAUCCUGGAUGCCACUCAGCAGUGCCCAGGGCAGGCCAGGUGCCAUCACAGCAAAGGCUACUUGGAAAUCCCAGGCCUCCAUACCACCCUAUACCCCCACUGCACAGCUUUGCUUCCUUCUCAGCCCAGACUGACCUACUAGCUAUAUUUCAGGUGUUUUUCAGAUUCCUUUAGUUCCUAAAACCCACUACAGGAGGCUCUCAAAAGGCUAGGACCAUGAAGAUGAACCCAAACUCCAGGUAGUAUCACUGGGGGUACAGUUAGUGCCCAAAACAGCAAAGGUGUUCUCCCUACACUGACCAUUAACCCAAUAUUCCUGGUGAAAAGGCCCCGUCAAUUUCUUUAAAGCCCUUCUAGACACAAUCCCUAAAACAAUGCAACUGGGAACCAUUCUUAAACCAUAUUACUUAGUACUGUGUCAAGCAAAACCUUAUGGGCAACAGAAUAGGGGAAAAACAGACUGCAGCCAUACUAUCAAGAACUAGGCGUUAGCCUCCAGCCACAGUAUUUCCCAUUAGGAAGGCAACAAGAUGAAGGCUGGACAUGUGAUUUCAUGGUAUUGGCUAAGUAUAGUUAGAUCCAACUCAUUCAUCCCAUGCUUCAAAGGACAUAGACAGCAGGGACUAGCAUCAAGUAUGGAUGCCUGAAAUGCUUUGAAAUUUUUGCCCUUGAAGUCUACAGUUUAAAUGUUACACUGAUCAGAAGUUUACUAAUUUAAAUGCUACCUUUUUCUU